AUGUUAACUGUGUUGGAUCUUAUAAUUCUCGUGUCAAUAAGCCGCCGUCUGAUCUGGGAUUUCCAAAAGUCUUUGCAGACGUCAACAACAACAAACGUUCUUGAUAAUAUCUUUGUGAGAGUGAAUAAUGACGGACGACAUCGAAGCUCGUUUGAUUCAGAGGUGUCAUAUGGGUUUAUUGCGCAGUUGGCGGGAUGUUCGGUUGCCGAAGUGAGGCAAUAUUUUACGGGAAAGCGUAGGUCUCGCAACGCAACCCAACCACUCUCGCCUGCUUCGACUUUGUCUUCACCUCCGGAAUUCACAAGUGAGUCCGAGUUCAAUGAACUUUCCAAAGCCCUUACCAACAAAACCCGGAGUACGAAGAACCCGAAAAAAGGAAGCAGAAAAGCGAACGUACGUCCACUUAGUGCCAUUACUGGUGGUGGAUCAUCAAUUGGCUCACAGAAUGAUUCUUUAGUAAAAGAUGAGUUGACGUACGAUGAUGCCGAACCUGAUCAGCAACGAAAAUCAAAAAAGCAACGCACAACGAAAAAGACGUCAGAAUCAUCUGACUUUGUUUAUACAGACGGAAUAGAGAAGCCUAAAAACAAACGCAAGGAACUUCCCUCAAAUGGUGGUAAAGGUCAGAAGAAGCGUUUCAAGCGUAAAAGAACUGAUCUACCGCCUAUUUUUCUAAGCGAAAUUAAUGGUAUAGCAAAACAGACAGACUUGUGUCGAUUCUUGAACUUUAGACUUUUUGGAGUUGAAGAUGAGGACUUUGUGUAUGGUCCUUCAUUUAAGUCAAUCGUUGAUCCGGAUCCCAUAGGCGAUUAUGAGAAAGUUGAGGCGUCGAUAGAUCAACAAAGUUAUAUACUUGAUAUGAUUGCUCCAACAUACAACAAAAUUUUGAAAAAAGAACUUCCUCAUUUGAAAAAUGCAAAAACUCGGAAGAUUCCCAACCUUGUGGUUACCCAGUUGUGUGAUUCUUGUGAAACCGCAAUAUUCAGUGGGUAUUGGAUGUGCUGUGUUUGUGGACGGGAGAUUUGCCUGGAUUGCUUCGACGAUUGGGACGAUGAGAAGGACAAGAGGGUGAAGUGUAGAUGUUCUUAUGCGCGAACUCACACGAAAGAACAAAUGAUUCCCAUAUAUCACUAUACUCAUGAUGAAAUCACGCGUCUCAUUGAAGAGACGGAAAAAAGGAUGGCGAACCGCGACGAUGAUGGGGUGGUAAUCGAAGAGGAUGAUUACGAACUUCCCGAUCCCAUUCCACCCCUUGCCCUCGUACAACCUGACAAUUUCACGCAGCUGGAUCUAGAGCAAACUACCAACGUGGAUGGUGAAAAUCCUCACCUAUCAAGUGACAAGGUCAAAGAUGAAUUAUAUGCCUCUCCAUCAGAGCCUCAAACGCGUAUUGUUAAUUUUGAGGUCGAAGGCGAGUCUCGAAAGGAGUGUGCAUCUGAAUCUAAAGUCAAGGUCGAGUCAGCCAACUAUACUUCUCUUGAAUUUUUGGCAUUAAAUGAGACGAGCGCCGAGUCUCAUGGUGAUCAGAAUGGUGAGGGUGCAAGGAAUUUGUCGCAAAAGUCAUCUGACCAUGAAGGUCUCGAAGCACCAUUUCCGACUGUGGCAUCCGAUAUACCUGUACCUGAACCUCCUCCGCAUGAUCGCCCCUCUCAACCGCAUGAUGAACAUCAGAAGGUUGUGUGGGAUGCUAACGAUUUAACCAAUGAAAUUUUUCAAGGAUUCUGGAGGAAAGGUUAUCCAAUUCUGAUCAAGAAAUUGAAAAAAAAAUUGUCUCCUCAAUUGUGGUCUCCUGGAUAUUUUAAAGAUAUGUAUGGUUCUGUUCAGUGUGAGACCGUUGACUGUAACACCGGGAAUAUUCGCUGCACAAGCGUGAGGGCAUUCUUUGAAGGAUUUCAAGACAUUGAGAAACGGUUAAUUGUUGAUGAAAAAUAUCCAUGUUUAAAGCUCAAGGAUUGGCCGGCGACCGAUGACUUCGCUAAUAUGUUUCCUGACCAUUUCGACGAUUUCAUGGAUGUGUUGCCUUUUAAGGAAUACACAACACGGAGUGGCGUUUUGAAUUUGGCCCAUCGACUGCCGAUUAAUAUGAAUCGACCCGACCUCGGGCCCAAAAUGUAUAACGCCUAUGGCUCUGACGACGGUGAACAUGGAAUAGGCACAACAAACCUUCAUCUUGACAUGACUGAUGCUGUGAAUAUGAUGGCCUAUGCACCUGCGGUGGAGGAUCGUCUCGAGGGAGAGAAGGACAAGCCGGCAGCAGCUGUUUGGGACAUCUAUCAUUAUCGCGAUCUUCCCAGAGUUCGUAGAUUCUUGCGCAAGAUUGCCAACGAAAGGGGCUUGAGAAUAGAUCAUCCCAUACAUGAUCAAUGCUUUUACUUGAAUGCAGUAUUACGUGAGCGCCUUCUUAAAGAAGAAGGUGUUACUGGCUGGAGGCUAUAUCAAAAUCCAGGUGACCUUGUCUUUGUUCCUGCUGGCUGUGCCCAUCAAGUCUGCAAUUACACUAGCUGCGUAAAGGUGGCCGUUGAUUUUGUAUCGCCUGAAGGGGUAGGACGAAGUUAUAAUAUCAGUCAACAAUUUCGAAAGCUGUCGCGCUCUCACAAAAGGAGAAGAGAUAUUUUGCAACUCCAAAGUAUCCUUCAUCAUUCAUGGUCGACGGCUCGUAUAGGCAAAAAAAAAGGAGAAAAAGAUGCCUAG